UUAUAAGAUAAAUAAAACGAAAUAAAUAUAUAAAUAAUUCGAAACUCAAAUCCUAGCAAAACAUCCAAAAUUCAGAAUCCACGAUCUCUUCAUUUCUAUCAACACUCAGUCCACUUUAUCCUGGCAACAAUUUUGCCAUAGUUUUUUUAAAAAUAUUCACUAUUAAAUAAUUACCCGAAAUAAAAUAUAUAAUUAAUCUUGGGAUAGCUAGCUUGCCUACCCUCCCCAUUUCAAAUUUAAAAAUUAGACUUUUUAAGAAAAGCCCACUACAUCAUUUGGUAAAUUUGACAUAAAACUCUUUUUAUGCCUUCACAUAUAAAAAUUUAUCGUCAAAUUUUAAUCGAUCUGCAAGUCCUUCAAACUUUUAUUCUCACCAUGCCCCAAUUAAAGGAUUGAUAAUUUCAUUUUAUUAUUACACCAAUUAUCUAAUUGGAUAUGGUGAUAUCAAAUCAACACGAUCAUUACUUCGCUUCCCGACCUUUGCCACCAGUCCCAGUUUCGAUUCCAUCUUGCGAUAAUUCGCCAAACGACGCAAAUCAAAUACCGGUUCUUUCUAAAGAAAUUGAUCAAUCAAAAGCGGUUUCAAAAUGUGAAUCAAAAGGUUUCCUAUCAAAAUCUGGUCCUCUUUUCCUUGAGAUCGAAUGUGGUACCCGACCCGGAACCUUGAAGGAUAAAGGUUUAGCCGCCCUCCUCUUCACCCCGGACGACCCCGAUGCUGUCUUUUUUGACGUUCGUGAAAUCGGGCGGGGCAGUUUCGGUUCGGUUUAUUUUGCGAGAGUCGCUCACACUCGUGAAGUCGUGGCCAUCAAGAAGAUGUCGUUUGCCGGCAAACAGGCCCGAGAGAAAUGGGCAGACAUCGUGAGGGAGGUGGCCUUCGCCCGCCUCCUUUCCGGAGAGAUCGAUCUGAGGAAUACACUUAUCGAAUCUGACUCAACCACCCCUACUCUAAUGGAAAAGCCAAACGUGGUUUUGAGCGAGCCACACCCGAACCUUGUCCACUACAAGGCCUGUUACCUCAAAGACCGCACUGCUUGGCUAGUGAUGGAAUAUUGUCUAGGAAGCGCUUCCGACCUCAUAGAAGUUCGCAAGGAGGAAUAUUUGGCUUUUAAUGCUAAGAUUUCUGUACUUCCUGGAAUCGAGUCAGAAGUCCGCCCCCCUCCACCUUUAAGUGAACAAGAAAUUGGAGCUGUAUGCAUAGGUGCUCUAUCCGGACUAGACUACCUCCAUAAUUUGGGCAGGAUACAUCGCGAUGUUAAGGCUGGUAACAUUCUCUUCACAGAAGACGGGCGCGUCAAACUUGGCGAUUUUGGGUCGGCUUCCCUCGUUUCCAUGGCGAAUUCAUUCGUCGGCACACCAUAUUGGAUGGCUCCGGAAGUUAUUUUAGCUAUGGACGAAGGCCAUUACGAUUCUAAAUCAGAUAUCUGGUCAAUCGGUAUCACGUGCAUCGAAUUAGCCGAAAGGAAGCCUCCUUAUUUUAACAUGAACGCCAUGAGCGCUCUAUACCACAUAGCCCAAAGUAAAUCACCCCCAACCUUAACUAAAUCGAACGUUGCCGGAAAGGAGAACCUUUACGAUUGGAGUUUGGAUUUUAGGAAUUUUGUCGAAUCUUGUCUCAACAAGAAUCCCGAACAUCGGCUCACUGCCCAACAACUUUUGCAACAUUCCUUUCUGUCUCGCCUCCAAGACCCUCGAGUUAUACUGCUCGACUUAAUAGCCCGAACAACCGAAGCUGUUCGAAAACUGGAUAACUUAAGUUACAGGAAGAUGAAGAAGAUGCUCUUAACUUCUGAUGAAAACAAUUUAUCACCGGAAAAUUCCGCUGUAAUUGAAACCCCCACUCUACUUCUAACUUCUGCCUUACCCUUGGAGGAAGUCGGAGACGAAAACUCAUCUUCCACUCUAAGGUCCUCAGGGGGCUCUGUUUUUUCAGGCUCUUCCUACUACCCUCCUUGCGAGGCCCGACUCCAUUUGCCUGGCUCUCUCUCGACUUUCCUAGUAACUUCCACUUCCUCUACCCGCUUAACGACACCUGACUCUUCUAAUAUCGAUUUAUCCAAUCUAAAUGGCAUUCAAGGAGACUAUCGAUCCCCUCCAAGUGUGACACGAUUCGCGGGUUAUAAACGUUUUCGCAAACGGCACCAACGAUCAGUGAACGCAUUGGAAUCGAAAACCAUAGCUGAAAUAAAAGAAAUGGAACUCAAAUGGGCCAAAGAGUCUAAAAUACUUGAGACUGAAAAUGCCAAGGAGCGGGACCGACUAGGAAUGGAGCAUAGGAUCUCUUUGGAGAAUCGGGUUAAAUCGAACCUGGCAAACGAGAAAAAAUUAAUCAAACGUCUAGAGAUCCAACUAGAGAAAGGUUUCAAAGAGUUUUCUGUUCUGCAGAAGAAGAACUUGAAAAAUUUCAAGGAAAAAUUUAGGAAGGAGCUAGAUUCUAUUCGACUUCAAUCGUUUCAACAUCAGCAAAUAUCCGAGAUGGAUGCUCUAUCCCUUGCCCAUCAAAGACUCGUGGCUUUCGAGUUGGCAAAAUUUAGGCGAAAACGAUUGGUUCAGUAUCACUCCCUGGAAAGGGAUUUGUUGAGAGAAGAACUAAACCAAAAGCAGGCGCACAUGGAACGCUUGCACGAAUCUCGUCUCAAGAAGCGGGACACAUUUUACCGUGCCGAAACUCGUCAUUUAGUACGUCUUCAAAGCUUGAAAAGGGAACAAUAUCGAGAGCAGCACGCCUUCGAAACGGCUAACCAGACGGCUUACAACAUACAAGCCGAAAGGGAACUCAAGAAAAAUCAGGCCGGCCAGCGCAAAUCCCUGCCUAAGGAACUCAAGGAGAAAGAAAACAAGAUACGCAAGCAAUUCAACGAUGUAGUUCGAAUUCAGGAGAAGCAAUACAAAAUCCUCAAGGCUCAAAUUAUCAAAAACGUCUCCUCCAAAAUUCAAUUCACCAAUCAAAAUAACUCCGAAAAUAACCUUUCGCUUACUUCGUUACCUUUAGAUCUUGGCGAUAAAAAUAAUUCCAAUAACCCAAAAGAUUUGGUCAAACAUUUGAAGGAGGAAAAGGGCAGGAAACUAGUUUUGAUAAAUCGAGAUUACGAGAAAACUAUAGCAGAUAUGUUGCAAAAACAAACAUUAAUUAUGGACCAGACUCAAAAGCUUGAAAUGCGGGAGCUGAACGAAAGAUUAAACCGGGAAAUGACGACUCUUUUGCAUUAUCAACACGGAACUCGCGACAAAAUGGAAACACUCUACGCAGCCGAUAAGGAUAGACUCGAAGCCAAAUAUUCGGAGAAAUUAAUCAUUUUGGAACAAAAGAUGACCGAAGAAGCUCUGCUCCUCAACGAGGAGAGAUGCGAGCGCAACAAACGCUUGCAGGAAAGACAAACAACAGAGAUAUCUACUUAUGACAACCAAUUAUCCGCUUUUCAAAAUAUUGAAUCCGAUCAGUUUGAAACUGACAAUCAAUCAAUAACCGAUAACCAAUCGAUAACGGAAACUCUAUCUAGCUUCAACCAAUCUGGGGAUGGGGAAGCAGAUGCGGAGGAGAAAAAUUUUUUUAAUUACGGUAAUUUUAUCGGAGCCGCCUUGGACCAGAUACUUAAUUUUAAUUACGAAGAACUUUCCCAGGGUUCCCCGCUGGCUUCCAACGGCAAAUCAGAUCAACGCAGUAAUAUUGAUUCCAACCAACUCUCUAGCCUAUCUGAUUACAAAAUGAAGCAAAACUUAUCUCUAACAAAUAACGGCCGCCAAAUAAAUCGCUUUAUCGGUCCUAGCCAAUUUUCUGAUUUAUCUCCUCUCACACCAAAUAAUAAUGAUAAUUACCUAUUACGAGGACGAGAAUCAGCAUCAGACUUUAAUGAUGCCAGCUCUUUCAAUACUCAAUUAUGAUUUUUUUUAGAUAUGCCUAAACAAAACAUUUUAUUAUUAUUUACAGUUGACCUUUUGACCUUCUUACUAAGUUUAAUUAUAUUAUAUUUCAAUUGUUAUGUCACCUUAUCGUUUUAUUUAUUAUAUAAAAAAAAUAUUCUAUUUUUUGAAAUUUUUCAUAUAAUUUUGGCAUUUCACGAAUUUGGAAUCCCCGAGAAUUGCAUACUUGCCUUAAAGUUUGAGAUCAAAGUCGUAAUGAAUAAUUUUAUAACAAUUAUAUUUUUUUUUUUAAAUGUUAAUCAAUCUUGUUUUUUUUAAAUGAAAAUCUUUAUACAUAUUCUACCCAUAAUCAUUCAACGAGCAUUUUUUUAAAUAUAUUUUAUUCGUAAUUUGACUUAAUUUAU